AUGCAUUUAAAACUAUACGUAAUAGCAGCGGCAUGCGAAAACUUAGGAAUCGGUAUAAAUGGAAAUUUGCCGUGGAACUUGAAGACUGAAAUGGCAUUUUUCACGCAUAUGACGUCAAAAACAAGUAAUGAAAAGAAAAAAAAUGUGGUACUGAUGGGUAGAAAAACCUGGGAUUCUAUACCGCCAAAAUAUAAACCCUUGCAGAAUCGUAUUAAUAUGGUUUUGACGAGACAAUCUCUAAACUUUGGAAGCGGAACGAUUCCUUGCAAAAGUAUUUCAGAUGCACUCGACAUUGUGUCUCAAUCACCAUUGUGCGAAGAAGUGGAAAAAAUAUGGGUCAUAGGAGGAAGUUCCGUUUAUAAAGACGUUUUGGAAUUACCAAAUUUUUAUCGUUUGUAUCUCACGAGAAUAAAGAAACGUUUCGAUUGCGACACGUUUUUCCCAGAGCUUUCGACCGAUUUCGUACCGGUCAAGGAUCCCAAUGUACCAGAUGGAAUUCAGGAGGAAAAUGGAAUUCAGUUCGAGUAUACGGUUUACGAGAGAAAAUGAAAUAAAAGUUUGUACUUUUGUUAAACAGAUGGAUGAACGAAAACUAACGAUAUAAAUACUAACAUUUUCAAUGAGAAUGAAUUAAUUUUUAAAUGUAUCGAAAAUAAAAGAAAUCUAUUUUA